CGCACCACGCGCGGACGCCGAAGAGGACGAACGCGAUGUCGUUCGCCGCGCCGAAGCUCAGGGCGGAGCGGCGGCGAUACGUCAUGGAGCUGACGAACCCUUCGGUCGUCCCGGAGACGCCCGCGCAUCUUCUCGACGACGCGGACGACGACGCGGCGUGGGACGACGACGCGUCGCCGUUCGACGCCGUCGCCGCGGCCGGGAAGGCGACGCGGCGAAUGGAGAUGAAGACGCCGCCGGUCGUGACGAACGUCAUGGCGAAGUUCGCGGCGAGGGACAGGGACGAGGAGAAGGACGAGGACGGCGCGGCGAAGACGGUGGCCGUGACGGACGCGUUGACGCAGAGCGUCCGCGAGGCGCUGAACGACGCGGAGCGAGGCUUGCGCGCGUCCUUGGUCGUGGACGACGCGAGGCGGAAGCGCGGCGUCGCGACCCCGACCCCGGCGGGGAAAGGGAAAGGAGGAGGAAGCGGCGCGGCGCCGACGCCGGCGACGCCGCUGGCGGAUCUCGCGCGCCCGACCGAAGCGUUGGCGAUGGCGUCCCUCGGCGCGGACGCGCACGACGACGAAGCGCAGGAGUACCUCAAGGGCGUCCUGAAGAUGAUAUACGGCGGCGGCGGCGGCGGCGGCGGCGCUUCCACGGCGACGACCCCGACCCCUGGCGGCGCGCCGCCGCGGACGCCGGUCGCGGACUGGCCCGAGGCGGCGAGCGCGGCGAAGACGACGCCGCGUCCCGACCCGACGGGGCGCGACGAUUCCGCGCGCGAAGCCGUCGUCGCGCGGCACGUGUUUCAUCACUCCCCGGCGUCGGACGCGUCGCCGUCUUCGAACGCCGCCGCGGACGACUCGCCGACGCAGAUAUCGCCGAUCGCGGGGAAGAUCGACGCGCAGGCGGAGGCGGAGGCGAAGGAGGAGGAGGGGACGGUCGAAGACGCGGUGCCGUCGACGGAGUUUGCGUUUCAAAAAGUCGACGACGCGGCGGCGGCGGCGGCGGCGGCGGCGCGGCCCGGGCCCGCGUCCAACGUGAGCUACGGGACCCUCCGCGCGUCGCUCGGCGUCGCCGCGGAGGCUGCCGCCGCCGUGCCCGCGAUGCUGAGCGAGCUCAGGGAGUUGAAGAGCAACUUCGAGGCGUUCACCGGCGGCGCCGGGGGCGCCGGCGACGGCGACGCGCCGCCGGCGUUGUCCCCCGACGACGUCCCGCCGUCGAUCGUCCCGGAGCUCUCUCCCGAGCCGUCGCUGUUCGCGGACGGCGCCGAGGCGGAAGAAGACGGCGCCCAGGAGGGAAACGCGAACGCGAACGCGAACGCGAACGCGCACGACGUCUCGUUCGAAGCCCCGAGGCUGAUGGCGACGGUCGCGGUGCCGACGCCGACGCCGCGGACGUCGUCGAGGGAGCGGCGGCCGUCGACGGCGCCGUCGCCGUCGCGCGCCGCCGCGUCCGCGCUGCCGCCGAUGCCCGCGGUCGCUCGCGCGGCACCGAGCUCGCCCGCGAAGAAAUCGUAUUAUCCCGGUGACGUGGACGCCACGUCGGCGCCGGGGACCAAUCGCGUGUCGCUGCAGCCGCGCGCCAGAGAGGCGCUCGGCGCGUUGGACCCGGUGCGCGGCGUCCAGGUCGGCGGGCAGCCGCUGUGGAGCGCGGUGAUGAACGCGCAGGUGAAGGCGCACGUCGCGCGGAAGCGCGAGGCGCGCGAGAAGGUGGAGGAGCUCCUCGGCGGGCAUAUCGAUUACGCGGAGUUACGGAGAGCCGCGGAGUCGGCCAAGGGCGACGGGCGCGGCGGGAGUACGGUCGCCGGCGCGCAGCCCAAGCCGAGGACGCCGGAGUUUUACGAAGAGAUCGCGAACGCGGCGGCGGGGAUUCGAAACGACGCCGCCGCCGCGACGCAGGACCCCAUGGACGUCGAACUCGACAUUUACGGGUUCAAGACUGCGAUUCAGGCGGAGAUCGCGACGAGGAUAUUCGCGUCGAAGACGGCGGUGCAUCAGGAGGCGGUGAAGAUCAUGCGAACGCUCCCGCGCGGCGCGGGGUGGUCCGCGAGACACGGCGCCGCGCGCCGGCACAAGGUGGACCCGCGCGUGAAGAAGCUCCCGGAGCAGAUGACGAAGGCGUCGUCCGGCGCGCCGGUGCCGUACCCCGCUUCUUCGAACCCCGGGUCGCGCGUUGGGCCCGGCGAAAACCCCGCGGCCGCGAAGCCGACGAGCUCGUUCCUUGCCGCGCCGAGGGCGGCGUCGAAGAAGUCCGACGUCGCGAAGAAAAAGGCGGAGCCGCCGCUCACCGCGGAGAAGACGCGACCGACGCGACCGACGCGACCGACGCGACCGACGACGAAAGAGAAGGUGGAGCAGGAGGCGGCGGCGACGAAGCCCGCGGCGACGCUGACGUCGACGGCGACGUACGCGCUCGACCCGAACGGCCCGCCUCCGCCUCCGCCGACGGCGGUUCGAACGUCCUCCACGCUCGCGUCGAGACGCGCGGAGCGACACGAGGCCGCCGCCGCCGCGCGCGCGGCCGCGGAGCGCGCGAGACAGGAGGAUGACGCGACGCGCGCGGGCGCGGAGAAGAUGGCGGAGGAGAGACGCGCCGCCGCCGCGAAGAAGGCGAAGGACGUCGCGUUCGGUCGCAAAGUCGCCAAGCCGCCGAAGCAUCCGGGGUCGAAAGCGACGGGUCGAAAGGGUCUCGCGACCGAGGUGCGACCGUUCAACCUGUCGGUCGGGAACAAGCCGAAGCCGACCGCGAACGCGGCGCCGGCGAAGAAGCGCGACCCGGACGUGUGGGAGGACCCGAACGAGACCUCUCGGUUCGAGGACGACCCGUCCGCGCAGCGCGGGACGCCCUCGAAGACGGAGGAAAAGAAGCGGACGCUGGAGGACGUCUUCGCGGACGCCGCGCGCGCGAAAGAGGCGGAGGCGCUCCGCGAGCGCGAGCGCAUUCGAUCGAAAGAAGCCGUGAGACAGUCUCUGAUCGUCUCCACCGCCGCGAAGGUGGCCGCGCCCGCGAUCGCGGCCGCGGAGGCGGCGCAGAGAAACGCGUCCGAGGCGGCGGAGGCGGCGACGAAAGCCGCGGCGGCGGCGGCGGCGGCGGAGCGGCUUCUGCUCGCGGAGACGAAGCGGCUGCGGCAACGCCGCGCGGAACUCCUCGGAGCGGGUCCCUCGGGAGAGGGAGAGGGAGAGUGCGAGGAGGGAACGUCGCGGGAGACGUUCGCGUCGUCCGAGGGCGGCGGCGAGGAGGACGACGCGCCGUUGAUGGCUUCGACGUCGGACUUACCCGGGCUUAUCGCACGCGACGGCGACGGCGACGAGGGGGGUCCCAGGAGUGAAGGCGACGCCGGAGCUGAACCGCCGCUCGUCGUCGAGGGCGUGCCGCCGGACUCGUCGUCGCUCCGCGCGCCCGUGCUGGACCGCGGGGACGAGUCCCCUGUCGUGGACGUCGAGCCGAGCGAAGAGCCGCUGCCGUCGCCGUCGCCGGUGAAAAAAUCCGGCGAGGACCUCGACGCGGUGCGCUCCGACUCCAACUCGAGCGCCGCCGCGGACGCGGACGCGAGCUCGCCCGAGGAGGCGUCGGAGAACGGAUCCGAUUCCGCGGCGUCGCCCGCGAAAUCCGACGUGGCGCCCCCUGAUUCGCCCAACAUCGACGACGAGACGUUCCCGGCGUACACCGCGGCGGAGGCGAAGGACGCGCGCCUGGGCGACUCCGCGGACGCCGACGUCUUCGCGUCGAACGAGCUCACCGCGCAGCUCCCGGGCGGCACGGGCGGCACGGCGGGCGGCGCGGCGCCCGCGACGCCCGCGACGCCCGGGACGCCGAGAGACGAGGCCGUGCGCCGAUUGAAAGACGCGCGGCUCGCGCGGCGGCGGGCGAUGCGAAGCGACGCGCCGCCGAGCCCGGCGACGCCGCCGUCGCCGCGAUCGCCCGGGAUCACGUGGAGGGUGGGCACCGCGAAGCUUCCGGACGCGCUCCGCGUGCCGCUGUUCCCUGCGAACGUCGGCGGUGGUGGUGGUAACGCACUCGAAGCGAACGUUGAGACGACGACAAAGUUUACGUCCGUGCCGGCGCCGUUGACGAAGCCGGCGGGGACGGCGGAGGCGGCGGCGGCGGCGGCGGCGCGGAGAAGGGCGUCGGACGCCGUCGGCGAAGAGAAGAAGGAGAAGGCUCGGAAAGACUCCGCGGCGUUCAUCGCGGCCGCGGUGAAGCGCGCCGCGGCCGCCGCGGAGAAGGAAGCCGAGCUCGCGAAGCGCGAGGAAGCGAAGAAGCGCGAUUCCUCCCGCGACGAAGGCGGCGGCGGCGAGAAGGGGGCGGCGGCGGCUGGUCGCCGCUUCCUCCGCGGCGACGACCUGAAGUACGUCCCGCCGGAUCGCAUCACGAUGGACGCGAGCGGUGCCGGCGGCGGCAUCGGUCCCGGGGUCGCGCGAUUUGGCGGGUGGGACACCGCGUCGUCGAUCGAGUCGUCGGACUUGGAGGACGACGUCGACUUCGAUUCGCGCACGGCUGGCGCGGGCGCGGACGCGGCGAUUUGGGCGCGGUGA